GUCAAGCCUCUGUAAAGGGGGGUGCAAAGCAUAAACUGGCUGCUCUUCUUGCAAGAUUGCUUCAUCUUUUGUUGGAGAACCAACAUUAGAUCCCUCUUCUUUAUGGAUGAUGGGAUAGAACUAGCAGAUUUAUAGAAAAUGGCCGAUGAGGAUAUCCAACCUCUUGUUUGUGACAAUGGAACCGGCAUGGUCAAGGCCGGAUUUGCUGGUGAUGAUGCACCCAGAGCAGUGUUUCCCAGUAUUGUUGGCAGACCUCGCCACACUGGUGUUAUGGUUGGGAUGGGCCAAAAAGAUGCUUAUGUUGGUGAUGAGGCCCAGUCCAAACGAGGUAUCCUCACGUUGAAGUAUCCAAUCGAGCAUGGAAUUGUCAGCAACUGGGAUGACAUGGAAAAGAUUUGGCAUCAUACCUUCUAUAAUGAGCUCCGUGUAGCUCCUGAAGAGCAUCCGAUACUUCUGACUGAAGCUCCUCUGAAUCCCAAGGCAAAUAGAGAGAAAAUGACCCAAAUCAUGUUUGAAACUUUUAAUGUGCCUGCAAUGUAUGUUGCAAUUCAGGCAGUCCUUUCCCUCUAUGCUAGUGGCCGUACCACUGGUAUUGUGCUCGACUCUGGUGAUGGCGUCAGUCAUACUGUUCCGAUUUAUGAAGGAUAUGCACUACCUCAUGCCAUUCUCCGUUUGGAUCUUGCUGGUCGUGAUCUCACAGAUGCCCUCAUGAAGAUCCUUACCGAGAGAGGUUAUUCAUUCACCACAACUGCAGAACGGGAAAUUGUGAGGGACAUAAAGGAGAAGCUUGCAUAUGUUGCUCUCGAUUAUGAACAGGAGCUGGAGACUGCCAAGACUAGCUCUUCUGUGGAGAAGAGCUAUGAACUCCCGGAUGGGCAGGUCAUUACUAUUGGUGCUGAGAGAUUUAGGUGCCCAGAGGUCCUCUUCCAGCCAUCAUUGAUUGGCAUGGAAGCUGCUGGAAUCCAUGAGACCACAUAUAACUCCAUUAUGAAAUGUGAUGUCGAUAUCAGGAAAGAUUUGUAUGGGAACAUUGUGCUCAGUGGUGGAUCAACCAUGUUCCCUGGUAUUGGCGAUCGUAUGAGCAAGGAGAUUACUGCUCUUGCCCCAAGCAGCAUGAAGAUUAAGGUGGUUGCCCCACCUGAACGUAAAUAUAGUGUCUGGAUCGGAGGAUCCAUCCUUGCCUCUCUUAGCACUUUCCAACAGAUGUGGAUUUCAAAGGGAGAGUAUGAGGAGUCUGGCCCAGCAAUUGUCCACCGGAAAUGCUUCUGAGCUUGCGUGCUUUUACUACUUGCCUGUUCUGUAGGCAGACUUUAGGUUCUAGUCAUGGCUUUUCCUUGGGUUGGUAGGUUUGCUUAAGGUCGUAAGCUUUGCUUGUGGGAUGCCUGACUGCUUUGAGUUUGGGCUAACAAAAGCCCUUUUUGUCGCAUACAUGAUGGUAGUGAGCAAAGGCACCAUCAGUAUCUGCACCUGGUUCACCUGGAUUUUCCACCUUUCGGCACACUCUAGACCCCAUUUACUUGUAGCUUUUGGUUCUCUUUCUAGUUUGGUCUUAAGGUGGACACCAGUUCAACGCCUGUGGCUUGGUUUGUGGUGGUUUUUCUUCAUUUUACUUUGGGGUAUUAUAUGGUGCCCUUUCUUUCGAAAAUUAUUGUAUGAUGAUUUUAUAAUCCUAAGCUUGUCGUUGAGAGGGGACUUUUGCA